GCCCACAAUGACACACACCUAAUUUUGGCCCUUUUUCUUCUCGCUGCUCUGCGUGUCCCCUGACCAUUCCUGGUAGAAGACUCUCGCUAUCUGCCUAUAAAAGCUACUGCUCGCUCCCUUUUUCUUCACUAAAGUUUUCAGUCGAGUUUGGUGGGAAAGAAUGAAAGCUUGUAAUCACAAUAGUGCUCUGAAAACAUCCCAGUAGCGUUACAGCUACAUCCCCCCGUCAUAGACGUUACAUUUGGGCCUGACGCUGUUCUUUCGAAGCCUGAGAAAGACAUCCGCGAUGGCCUUCGCUGCAACAGCUCGGAAGCCGGCAAUGUCCGCUACCCUGCUGCUGCUGCUGCUGCUGCUGGUGGUGUUUAAUCUGUUAGUUUUCAUUCCGAGUACACCCGCCGCUACUAUCCCAGCAGUGACACCCAGAAACGAGACCUGCAUGACAAGAUGGCUGAGGGAGGCUACAAUCGACGGCAGCUUUACAAGUACAGACGUACAGCAAGUGGAGAGAGUUGUGAAGAAGCUGAAUCCAGCUCUCGACGAGGCAACUAUAAAGCACACAGAUCGUGACAUAUUGGACUUUGUGCUGUCCGGCAAUCGACAAGCAGUGGAUUUCCUCUAUCGCUGCCUGGGUAACCAUGGUGAUGCAGAGUGUCGGCGUUCAUCACCAUGCCAACACGCAGGACGGUGUAUGUACACUAGUGGCCAUGGCAACGGCGGACUUCCGGUAUCAGGGUAUAGAUGUGUCUGUGCUAGCGGGUUUGCUGGAGAAUAUUGUCAGCGUGCUGCAAGUCAGUGUUCAUCAUCACCGUGUGAUCAUGGUGGUACCUGCGAGGAGACCGGUGAUGCAUACACAUGCCAGUGUUCCCCGUUCUUCACUGGACGCCAUUGUGAAACACGUUGGUUGUCAUCACAAGUUCUGUCUAACAUGACAUCCACACUGUCCAAGCUAUCCAGAGCAACGGAGCGUCUUCAGGAAAAGAGCGAGAGAUCCGCACAAAGGGCAUCCGACGAGAUCUCGGCAUUCCUCACACGGAUCCAAGAUAGAGUUGAUGCCAUGGAUGAGAACUUUCAAGACCUGCAGAACAACAUGAGCAGAGUGUUGCAGACUGAAGGCCAGCAGUGCAAUCGAUUCUCACUUGGAUACAAGUAUCAAGCUGUUCAUAACGCCAACCGCGGCAAUUUUGAACAAAUUUCAUCGAUGACGUUCAACAAGAAGCAGCAGCAGAGUCUUCUACGCAUUACCUUCUCCAGCAAUAUUGGUGUAAAAGGCAGAAACAAAGGAGCGAGGUGGUUUGUGAGGUUCGAUGGAAACGAGUGCACUCAGCCAGAAAAGCUUGAUAUUUUUGCAUACAGGCAGAUGAGUACCACUUUGUAUAUUCCUAGCGUGCUGACUGGAGUAUGCAGCGCUACAAGCGCAGGUACUAUUGGAAAAGGACACCAUGAAAUUUCAGUGCAUGUCGGUAAACGCUUAAAGGUCGCAGGAGCUGGAGUAAGGUCUGGGUAUGGAUCUCUGGGAUAUUUUGAAGUUGUUGAGAUUUGCCCGCCAUACUGACAAGUUCAUCUCUUUUGGCUGAUAUGUAGUUCGUUUCAGAAGGUUAUCUUUCCUUCUCUCUCUCUCGAUCUCUGUAUCCCGCUCUCUCUCUCUCUCUCUCUCUCUCUCUCUCUCUCUCUCUCUCUCUCUCUCUCUCUCUCUCUCUCUCUCUCUCUCUCUCUCUCUCUCUCUCUCUCUCUCUCUCUCUCUCUCUCUCUCUCUCUCUCUCUCUCUCUCUCUCUCUCUCUCUCUCUCUCUCUCUCUCUCUCUCUCUCUCUCUCUCUCUCUCUCUCUCUAUCUAUCUAUCUAUCUAUCUAUCUAUCUCUAUCUAUCUAUCUAUCUAUCUAUCUCUCUCUUUCGCUCUCUCUCCUGUUCCCUCGCUCUCAUGUCUCUGUCUUUCAAUUUCACCCCGAGGCUCUCCCUGUGUGUCUGUCUUUGUGAAUUUGAUGCAUUUACUGACUAUUGCUGAGCAUGCCGUACAUAAAUAACACUAUCCUUUUCAUAAACCUUUUUAUAGACCAUGGAAUUUAGCAUUUCCUUUGAUCUGAGCAAAAUACAUUCAUCUAUCUGUUGUGCCUGCGAAAAAUGUCCGCUACGUACAUUUA